CCAGGGCUCCAGACCAUUCUGCGGGUGCAGAACCUGGACCUUGGCCAGGUGAACCGUGCGGAGGCGGCGGAGCUGGGGGUGGGCGGCAAGGGCCAGAACGCCGCAAAGGCGGCCAAGCGCUGGGCCGCGGCCUUGAAGCAGCCGCUGGAGGUGUCUGUGGCCCAGUUCCUGGGCGGCUUCACGGGUGCGGAGGUGCUGCGGAUGCAGAAGGCGGAGGGCAUCGCUGAGAUCACGGAGCCUGGCGCGACCACGCGGCAGCUGGUGACCCUCAUCGACUUCCCCGCCGACACGCCGCGUGUCUCGGAGCUCAUCGCGCCCUCGGCGGAGCUGCCGGCGGCGGCCGCGGCAGCGCUGCUGCGGCGCGCGGAGGAAGCGGCGCAGGGGGCCAGUGGCGUGCUGCUGAUGGGCACCUGGCCGAGCGGCGUGGACCGGGACUUCUACCUCCGCGUGGCCCGGGCCGCGCGAACCGCGGCGGCCGACUCGGCGUGGGUGCUGCUGGAUGCCGCGAAGCCCAUCGAGGAUGUGCGAUUCCUCCUCGAGGCUGGGGACGUGGACAUCUACAAGGUGAACGCCAUGGAGCUUUGCGCGCUCAUGGGCGCAAACGUCUCCAAAGAGGGGGAGGUGUCCCAGGACCAAGUCCUGGAGGCCAUGCAGCAAGCGUUUGAGCGCUUUCCCGGAGUGAAGCACUUGGCCAUCACAGAUGGCCCGAGGGCUGCGUACCUUCACUCCCGCUGCUCGCAGCCCUUGCGCUUCGAGCUGCCAGUGGUGGACUGCUUGAACCCCAUCGGCGCCGGAGACACCGUGGCGGGGGUGCUCAUGGCCUCCCUCUGCUCCGGGGCAAACAUGCAGGAGGCGAUGACUCUGGGACUGGCGGCCGGGUGCGCCAAGGUGCAGAGCUUUGGGCAGGGGGGCCACUUCGAGGUGGAAAAGAUGCUGAGCAUCAAAGCGGCCAUCAAGGCCACGUAGGAUCCGGGACGGCUCCGUCAUCUUUCCUCACGCCCCUGUUAACUCAGA